GGCGGGCGGCGGCGGGGCCUGGUUCCGCCGGCUCCCGAGCCCCGGCCGGGUUAUGCCCGGGCGUUCCGGGCCACCGGGAAACUGGGUUACGGGCAAGGCCGGGCAACGGCGCGAGGCCACUUCGUGGUCGCACUUAAAGACUCCUGAGAUGUGUCACAGAGCGGCUCCAGCGCCUUCGAGGAACGCGGGGGUGCUGGAAAACCCCGCGGGUAUCCCCUCUGGAGCGGCUGGACGACCCCCCCAAACCCAUGGGCAAAGCUGCCCUGAACCACAUGUAACAUCGAGGGGAUUUUCCACACGGUUUUGUUUCCCUUCCACUUUCUAGCACAGCAAGAAGGACAUUGCCGUUUGUUUGGCAGGACAGAAAUAAAACGCCUUUAAGCACGUUCUCAAUGAGGCCACCUGAGGAUGAAUGAACUCCACUACCUUGCUAGUUUCGGUGGUUUGAGACUGACAAAGCUCAAAGCUGCUCCCACGAACUUGUUUGUAUCCUCUAACGAUGCUGGAACAGUGAAACAAGACACUGGGAUGUGUCCAGAAUCACACAGAGAUGAGCGGGUGGAUCAGCGAACCUGCCUGAUCUGCGGGGACAGGGCGACGGGGCUGCACUAUGGGAUCAUCUCCUGCGAGGGCUGCAAGGGCUUCUUCAAACGGAGCAUCUGCAACAAGAGGGUCUACAGAUGCAGCCGGGACAAGAACUGCGUCAUGUCACGCAAACAGCGCAACAGGUGCCAGUACUGCCGGCUGCUCAAAUGCCUCCAGAUGGGAAUGAACCGGAAAGCAAUCAGAGAGGAUGGCAUGCCAGGAGGCAGAAACAAAAGCAUUGGACCUGUCCAGAUAUCAGAGGAAGAGAUUGAGAGAAUUAUGUCUGGGCAAGAAUUUGAGGGAGAGGCAAACAUGUCAUGGAGCAACAACGGAGACAGUGACCAUAGUUCCCCUGGAAAUGGAGUUUCUGAGAGCAACCAGCCUUCACCUGUUUCUACGCCAUCUUCAAGUAGGUCUGUGGAGCUGAACGGGUUCGCCGCACUCAGGGAUCAGUACAUCGGCACGCCGGUGUCCACGCACUACCAGUACCUCCCGCACCUUUUUAGCUACUCUGCUCACUCGGCCCUGGUGCCCCCCCAGACGCGCAGCCUGGACCCCCAGUCUCACAGUCUGAUCAACCAGCUGGUGUCUGCCGAGGACCUGGAGCCACUGGGGACGCCCAUGCUCAUCGAGGACGGGUAUAAAGUGACCCAGGCAGAGCUGUUUGCAUUGUUGUGUCGUCUGGCGGAUGAAUUGCUUUUCAGGCAGAUUGCUUGGAUCAAGAAGCUGCCGUUCUUCUGCGAACUCUCCAUCAAGGACUAUACCUGCCUGCUCAGCUCUACGUGGCAGGAGCUGAUCCUGCUCUCCUCCCUGACUGUUUACAGCAAGCAGAUCUUUGGUGACCUGGCAGAUGUCACCUCCAAGUACUCUCCCUCUGACGAUGAGCUGCACAGAUUCAGUGAAGAGGGGAUGGAGGUGAUGGAGCGCUUGAUCUACCUCUUUCGCAAAUUUAACCAGCUGAAGGUCAGCAACGAGGAGUAUGCCUGUAUGAAAGCCAUCAACUUCCUCAAUCAGGACAUCAGGGGGCUGACCAAUGCAUCCCAACUGGAGCAGCUGAAUAAGCGGUACUGGUACGUUUGCCAGGACUUCACGGAGUACAAAUACCCACACCAGCCAAACCGCUUCCCGGAUUUAAUGAUGUGUUUGCCAGAGAUACGAUAUAUUGCAGGAAAAAUGGUGAAUGUCCCCCUGGAGCAGCUGCCUCUCCUUUUUAAGGCUGUUCUACAUUCCUGCAAGACGAGUGUGAGCAAAGAGUGAGCCCAGCUGGCCCCGGCCGGUGCCUUACGCUGUGAGCUGGCUCACCCUGGGAGAGGGGCAAACGCCAUCCAGGCAGGAGAUGGGGCAGGGGUGUCCCUGCCCUUGUAGCAAGAGUCUUUUUUGUUUGUUUUUGUUUUUUUACUCUUUUUCCUAUAUAUUUAUUUCACGACAGAGUUGAAUGUAUGAUCUUCAACACGAUGCACAUGGUUCUGUAGGAAUGCAGCAGAUGCAUUCUCCAGCGGUUUACAGAAUGUGAAGAUGUUUAAUGUUA